AUGGCCCUGCACUCGAGGAUGCCGACACCACUCCACCUUGGCUUAGAGCUCCCUGAUUUGAUUGGACAUGAGCACCAAAGUUACGUCUCGCAGUGGUCUAUUGACCAUCGGCGACACGAUCGACUUCUACUCACCGUCCUCUCGCCUCCUACUUCUUCACAUUACCGUCUUAGAGGUCACCAUAAUGCUCAUCCUCAGGGUUACCAAUGCUCCUUUACGCUCAUCCUCAGGGUAACCAAUGCUCCUUCCCCACCAGACCAUCUCGGAGGUGGCCCAACUCCAAAAGACAUUUUGGCCAACCCCACCUUCUCCGGGCUCUUAUCCAAGUUCUUCCUCCAACUCCAGUCCGCUAUAGUCGCCUUCUCCAUCUUAGGGUGUUAUUGGCUUCUUGUUGCCCUACCCGGCUGUCCAAAGGCCUGCCCAAGUGCCCGAAUUGCCCGAGGGGCUGCCCAUCGGUUAUUGGCUACCCAUGGAUCUGCACGAUCUCGAUUCUUAUCUGUCACUGAUUGGAUGGCAAAAUUUAUGGCCGUGAAAAUAAUUGGAUCCACCGUACCUUGUAUGUACUUGGACAAGAGGCUGGCCGAAGAUAAGACCUAUGGUCUAAGUAUCUUCAAGACAUCAGACGCUUGCAUGAAAUGGCUAGACCAGAAACGGAGCCGAUCCGUCAUCUACGUGUCGUUCGGGAGCAUGGCAGAAUUGGGAACCGAGCAAACGCAAGAGCUUGCGCUAGCUUUGAAAGAGACCGACAACUACUUCCUAUGGGUCGCCAGACCAUCCGAGUAA